UAUAGUUGAAAAGUAUUGGGAUAUUACCAAAAGCUAUAGACUAAGAAAUGUAUUAAAUUCAGAAACCCAAACAGUCAGUCAAUAUAUGAAUGAGUUCCCAGCAUUAAAAAAACCUGUUGGUUAUAAACUUUUACUUGAAGACUUUAAUUUUUUGUAUCCUGAAAAAACACAAUCCUUAUUUGAGAACAUUCCCAUUUAUAAAGACAGAAUUUUAGAACAUGCCAAAAGUAUAUCUACAAAUCUUAGAGAUCCUACGCUCAAAAGCUUAUUGCAUGAAUACUUAGAUCAAGCUCAAGAAAACGAAGAAUCUUCUUUGGUGGCAGUAUUCAUGGUUCUGCCAUUUUUGUUUUCCCCUGUUACUAUUAAAAAAAAAAGGGGGAAAGGUAAUUGGAGACCUUCAAAAAGUGAAAUGAGAGAUGGUUUCAUACUUCAUUUAAGGUCACAUGCAGAGUUACAAGAAUCUAUUACAAGAAGAAAACAAAAAUAUGAACAAUUAGCUUUUACAUUGCAACCUUUAAUUAUUAUCAUAGGACCAACAAUUAGUGAUAUUGCUCAGUAUUUUGUCUUGGUUGAUGAUACAUAUUAUCUUGUAAACUCUAUUAUUACUGCUGUUGACUGCUGUUUCAAAAUUAUCCAUGCUCUUCAUGCAGAGUAUCCAGUUGAAAGUAAGCCAGUUUGGUAUUUUAUACAAAAAGGUUGCUAUAAGUUAAAAACUUCUUGGGAUGUAGAAUAUAUUACAGUAAAUUCAUUAAUGAGUGAUCUAGAUAUUUCAAUUUAA